CCACCAUGAGCACCUACUUCCAGUACCCGACUCCCGAGCUGCAGGAGGAGCUCAAGAAGAUCGCCCAGGCGAUCGUCGCUCCUGGCAAGGGCAUCCUUGCCGCCGAUGAGUCCACUGGCACAAUGGGCAAGCGCCUCCAAGACAUUGGCGUUGAGAACACAGAAGAAAACCGUCGCAAGUACCGUCAACUGCUGUUCAGCUCAGACCCGGCCCUCUCCGAGAACAUCUCCGGCGUGAUCCUGUUCCACGAGACACUUUACCAGAAGGCUGAUGACGGCACGCCCCUGGUGGCGCUGCUGGAGAAGCGCGGCAUCAUCCCCGGCAUCAAGGUCGACAAGGGUGUCGUGCCGCUGUUUGGAUCUGAAGACGAAUGCACUACACAGGGUCUCGACGACCUGGCCCAGCGCUGCGCCCAGUACAAGAAGGACGGCUGCCACUUCGCCAAGUGGCGCUGCGUGCUGAAGAUCGGCCGCAACACUCCCUCGUACCAGGCCAUCUUGGAGAACGCGAACGUGCUCGCGCGCUACGCGUCCAUCUGCCAGAGCCAGCGCAUCGUGCCCAUUGUGGAGCCCGAGGUGUUGCCUGAUGGUGAGCACGACCUGGACCGCGCCCAGAAGGUGACGGAGGUAGUCCUCGCCGCCGUGUACAAGGCGCUCAGCGACCACCACGUGUACCUCGAGGGUACUCUGCUCAAACCCAACAUGGUAACCGCCGGCCAGUCGUGCAAGAAGUCCUACACCCCCAUGGACAUCGGCCGCGCCACCGUCACCGCUCUGCUCAGGACCGUGCCCGCCGCCGUUCCCGGAGUCACCUUCCUCUCGGGAGGUCAGUCUGAAGAAGAGGCCUCCGUGAACCUGAACGCCAUCAACACCGUGGAUCUGAAGAGGCCGUGGGCCCUCACGUUCAGCUACGGUCGCGCCCUCCAGGCCUCCGUGCUGCGCGCGUGGGCCGGCAAGCAGGAGAACGUGGUCGCUGGCCAGCAGGAGCUGUUGAAGCGUGCUAAGGCCAACGGUCUGGCAGUGCAGGGCAAAUACGUCGCCGGAUCUAUUCCUUCGCUCGCUGCCAGCAAAUCCAACUUUGUCAAAGCGCAUGCUUAUUAAUUAACUGGCUUCCAAACUUGACUGAAAUAAAGCCCCGUCCAGAUUAUAAGUGUUAUAUGCGGUCGUUACAUUUUAUAGAAGACGCUCAAAAAAAAACUUAUUUUAGCGAGUUUUCCUAUAACCAAUAUACCCUUUAUACAUUGACCGCUUGUAAUCUGGGUGGGGCCCACUUGAAAAAAUAUAUUUACAAAAAAAAACUGAAAAAAAAUUAUGAUUGUUGCUUUGAGAUUUUUAUACUAUUAUUACGAAAUUGGUAUAACGUCAUCUGUUGUUAAUUUGCCGUAACAACAAAAUAUGGCUGAUUUUAUCUGGCUUCGACUGCCAACACAACAACGAAUAUAAUCGUACGUAAUAAAGUCCAAUUUUUGAUAUUACAAAUUUGCAUGGCUUUGUGACUUACCUUUCAGUGUGUUGUAUUUAGUUUGUAAGUGUAUUGUUAUUUUAAUAAAAUGUUUAUUUCGAAUACAUUACCCAUUGGUUAUCCUUCCUUCACAUUAGAAAAUUAAUUUGUAGUUUACAUUUAACCUAUCAAAGAAUAAUCUUCGUUUAUGUAAGACCAAUUUAGAUUUAUUUGACAAUAAAUAAAGCAAAUUUUUGUUUUAUAUUCAACUAAAUUUUCGAAGGUUAUUCUUUGUAAUAAUCAUAGUAACUAAUAGAAAUGAUUGCUGGUAUGUAGCAGUAGAAAGUAGAACAUUCAUUUUCCUCAAACGUCUAUUUUUUAAUCCACCAGAUAAAUUCAUAACAUAACUGUGGACGUUAUUUAUCGCAUAAACACCUUUAUAACUAUAGUGCUUAAAUCUAUUUUGAUAUUAACACAUUUUCAUUAAUGUUCAUAAUAAAGUUGGUAAACAAAUGAAUUUGGUAACCCUUGGUGCUAGCCCUGCAAAUUGUAUUAAUAAAAAAUAAUUGUGUGUUUUUA